CUCAAUGACCUACGGAUCACGCGCUAUAUCCUCUCAGCAAAACCAGCAUUCGUUCAAUACCAUUUCUUCUCGGACGCUUCUCAGCACGCAUACGGCACGUGCUGCUACAUCCGAUCGGCAGACAAUUCUGGAUCGUUCAAGGUAGCCCUUCUCACAGCCAAGUCUAAAGUAGCACCACUCCAGCAGCAAAGCAUUCUUCGGUUAGAACUAUGUGGGGCACUUCUUGCAGCCCAGCUCUAUCAAAAGGUCAUGAAAUCACUCAAACUACCCGGUGCAACAUUCUUCUGGGUUGAUUCGACGACGGUUCUCAGCUGGCUGAAUGCUACGCCGUCAACAUGGACCACCUUCGUCGCGAAUCGCGUGUCUAAAAUUCAGCAAGCUACGCAAAAUUGUUCCUGGCAUCACGUCGCUGGGCAAGAGAAUCCCGCAGAUCUCCUAUCACGAGGAAUUGCAGCAGAAGAUAUUUUGGACAAUCAACUCUGGUGGCACGGGCCGAAAUGGCUGCAACUCGCUCAAACGUCUUGGCCGAUCAAGCAGCAUGAAAUCGCACCCAACACCGAAGCACUAGCAGAAGCAGGUAAACAGCCGAAAACUGUAUGCACAGCAUCCUCUGAACCAACAUUCGUCGAUCAACUCUCAACAAAGUUCUCCGACUACGACCGUUUGCUCAGAGUAACCGCUUACUGUCGUCGAUUCAUCCACAAUUGUCGCCAAAACGCAGCAAGCAACCAUUCAACUUACGUCACAUCGGAUGAGAAAAAAGCAGCAGAGGCUACUCUUAUUCGAUUGGUUCAGCAACAAACCUUCAUUGAGGAGUGGAAAGAUCUCGAGAAAUUCAUGCACGUUUCAGUGAAGUCCCGCUUGCGCUGGUUUCAUCCGUUUGUGUCGGACGAUCGGCUUAUUCGCAUUGGUGGCCGUCUUGUGCAAGCGCCACAGCCUUACGAUAGCAAGCACCAGAUCAUCAUUCCAGCUUCUCACCCUCUCUCAAAGCUAUUGGUUCGUUCAUGCCACGAAAAACACCUACACGCUGCUCCACAACUCAUCAUUGCCAUUUUGCGUCUGCGGUACUGGAUCAUAGGGGCCAGAAGUCUUGCCAGAUUCAUUUACCGCAACUGUGUCACUUGCUCUAGGGCACGUCCGCAACUUCUGGAACAGUUCAUGGCUGAACUACCGUCGCCACGCGUCACAGCAUCUCGACCGUUCUCCGUGACCGGUAUUGAUUAUUGGGGACCCAUCUCGCUGCAACCCAUACACCGUCGGGCAGCACCCCAAAAGGCCUACGUGGCAGUGUUCGUUUGCUUUUCAACACGCUCCGUACAUAUUGAGCUGGUCGUCGACUUGAGUACGGCUAAAUUUCUUCAAGCACUACGUCGCUUCGUAUCUCGCCGAGGUCUGUGCAGCGAUAUCUACAGUGACAACGGUCGCAACUUUGUCGGAGCUGCCAACGAGCUGCGAAAAUUGGUCCGCAGUAAGGAGUAUCGUCAGGCCGUCGCACAAGAAUGCACCAGUACAGGAAUCCGUUGGCAUUUUAAUCCACCAAAGGCUUCACACUUCGGUGGACUUUGGGAAGCUGCGAUUCGUUCUGCACAGAAGCAUUUUAUCCGUGUACUCGGCACUCGAACUCUGGCACAUGAUGAAAUGGAGACGCUAUUAGUUCAAAUCGAAUCUUGCCUGAAUUCUCGUCCCAUCGUUCCACUCAGCGAAGAUCCGUCCGAUUUCGAGCCACUGACGCCUGGUCAUUUCCUCGUUGGAUCAGUGCUCAAGGCUAUUCCUGACACCGACGUCACCGAAGUUCCGCUAAACCGUCUGCGACAAUGGGAGCAAACACAGAAGAUUUUUCAACUGGUUUGGAAACGAUGGCAAUCCGAAUAUUUGGCUACACUUCAAUCCCGUUCGAAAUGGUGCAGUCCACCGAUCACCAUCAAGCAAAAUCAACUGGUUCUCCUCAAGGAUGAAAAUUCGGCUCCAAUGUCGUGGCCGAUGGGCAGAAUCGUCGACGUUCAUCCGGGUUCUGAUGGCAUCACACGGGUAGUGAUCGUUCAGACACCAACCGGUCGCUUUACUCGUCCCGUAGCAAAAAUUUGCAUCCUGCCAAUUCCACCUACAGAAGAUAUAACCAUCGAUCCACCAGCAAAAGCAGCGACCAAAUCAACACAACAAUGAACUCGUCGUCCAAGUGCAACAUCAACUAUCCAACUUUGAGUCCUUAAACUUCACCGUUUGCAACAAUAUGCUGGCCCAUUCCUCGUUCCUGUUGAUAGUAGCCGUCCGGAUCACCUAAAAUGAAAUACAAGGCCCUUUGAAUUAAGGGACAAGGUAAGAACCUGUCCAAAUUUAUAAGAUUUACGAAACCCUCUACCGGGUCUUCCUUUGCAUGUUUACAUUCUACUCCUGCUGAUGAUCAUCGAUGUCAUUGUCGUCAUCUCCGAGAAUGAUCAAGACGAGAAGAGCCGACCGAUGACAGCUGCCACACAUCUUCAAUGGGAACCACAAUACGAACGUGAGCAAAUCGAUUCGACCGAGUAUUCGACUAUCAGAAAUGUGAUUUCUGAAGGGGCCAGGAUGUUCGCAUCACGAAAAUAGCAUCGUCACGUCACCUAGGUGUGAAUAUUUGCGGCAUGUUAGCACCAACCAUCUCGUUCAUCGACAAUGGCUCCCUUCGGGAUUUUGCGAUUCAACUCUUCCGGCGAACCAAACAGAAGACGACCUGAUAUAAAAGCCGAACCAAGAUUGUUUCGAGGAUCAGUAAAAGUGACAACACGACGCCCAUCAUCAUCAUUGUCAUCAAGUGUACCCGCUAGUGAACCAGUAGAGAAGUCAUAAAAAUUGAAUUUGAAUUAUUUGUAGUAAUUAGAAAUAAAGUUAGUAGUUAUAUUUGAAGUUAGUGAAGUGAUAAAUAAAUAAACUAAGAUUAUCGUAAGAUACUUACUUGUGCUGUGAGCCCCCGCGAAGGCUAAAAGGAGAACAAAAACCUCAAGAAACUUACCUGCCAUAGUGCAUAUGUCCCCGUUGUGCUACGGUAUUGUGGUGAAUAAAGAUUGAGCACAGAAACGAAUUUGUAAAACUGAGUGAUUCGAACACAAAUUUUCUCGAUAAAUUUUACACAUUUGUUUAAUAUAUUUUUCAUGAUUAAACUCUCUGAUUAGUUUCACUUUACUAAAUUGAUGAUACACUAAGUUUACUUUUAUGGAACUAUGUAUUUAUCAAUUCCAAACCAUUUUAAAGCUCUUUAGAAAAUGACAACCUUCAAGUUUUCGAGCACUUCGUUCACCAUUUAAAAAGUCAAAGGGUCUAAUAUGCAAUCCAAUUCAACCAGUCGGAAACUGUUAAACCUUAUCAAAGAAUUGUUCGACCUGAGUUGAAGAAUUUCUCGUUAUGGAUUGAAAAAUCGGUGCAUGGAACGUUGAACUAUCGAUUACAAAUUUAUAACAUUAUUCCACACGUUAUUAUCCCAAAUGGAAUGGUGCAUUCUGGGGAAUGCUUUUCUGGGGAAUGUUAUAGAAUCCUAUCAUUUGUAUUCAGUAUAAAUUAGAAAAGGAAAUUUCCUUCUCAAAAAUUUACCCUUCUAUUGAUCCCUUGCUGUUCUUCCAUUUGACUUAAUUUCGGGGUAGUGGCCAUUCGGGGUAAUGGCCCGGGGUAGUGUACUAUUCGGGGUAACGGUGUUCGGGGUAGUGUACCGUUCGGGGUUAUGGCGUUCGGGGUAGUGACAUUCGGGGUAGUGUCACAUAAUGCAAAAAAGUAUAUGAUAAGUACGCGAAACAUUAUAACCUUCGCUCAAACAAAAUGAAUACAGACUUUAAAAUAGGGGAGAUAUUAUUUAAAAAAAAAAUCUUCCAGUCGAGUAAACCUAAGCAAUUUUCGGCAAAAUUGGCAGAUCCAUAUUCGCCAGCCAAAGUGAUCGGAAAAAUCGGGUCUUCAUGUUAUGAACUUGAAGAUAUGCAUGGAAACUUCUUAGGCGUGUUCCAUGCUAGUGACCUUCAAAAGAAAUAAUCAAAGCUGUUUCUAAAGCUAUGUCUGUCGCUACCUAUGGCACAGUUACUAUGAAUUUUUUUUCCGAGAAAUACAAACUUAGGUUUGGAUACCCGAGUGAUGCAGGUGAUGUUGUUUUCAAAAUCAGGUUUUAAUAGUACAAGCAACAUUAGCCUUGCUCCUCGAUGAAAUUCCUGCAGAACUGCUUCAAACCUAAAAUGAAAGAAAAAAAAAAAGCUUUAAGUUCUGUAUUGGAUAAGUUUUGUUUUUUGUUUGUAAUGAGCUUUGUUAGGAGCUACGCAAAAAGUAAGAUUAUCACCCGAGAAAUCGACAGCCAGCUUACCCACACAUGCCCGGAGCUCACCAAGGUGCGCAGAGAAGGGAGAGUACUCUGGAAGUCAGUGCGAGUCUGUAGGGCCAGACGAUGACCAGGCUGUCGUUCUAACAAAAUCGUUACUUUGGGCGCUGCUCUAAACAGCAAGAAAACGCUCAUAGAUCAAUGACACGGAACGAAAGGUAAACGAACGACGCAGUAAAGCAAAAUUGAUUUCAAGGACUUUAAUUAGGACUCAAAGUCAUUUGUAAAUAUGUAAAUACACAACUUGAAUAAGGCACUAUUACAGUAUCACUAGGAACACAUAAUUUAGUUAUUUUCUACAAUUGGUUAUAGAAAAAUGAAUAAUAAUUAUUGCUCGUCAUUGUACGUUUACAUUCCGUUGAGGAUCGUUUUCUUGUUUCUCUCUCAGUCGUAUUAUGCUUGUUUUUUUUCACGGUCAUUUGUCACUAGU